AUGAAAUUAUUCGGGAAACAUCGCGUCGAGGUUUUACUGGACACUCAACGUAACGAACAAAUUAGAAAGCACAAUGAAAAAGUCAAAGAAAAUCGCGAGAUCCUCAAGAGGCUUAUAGACGAUGUUUGUUUCCUUGCCAAGCAGGAAUUGCCUUUUCGCGGUCACAAUGAGUCUGAGGACUCGCUAAACAAGGGGAAUUACGUUGAGUUGCUCGAGAUCCUUAGGACCUAUGAUCCAUUAUUGGACAAUCACCUGAAAAAUGCCACCACUUUUCGUGGAACCUCGAAUGACAUUCAAAAUGAUUUAGCGGAUGCCGUGUGCGAUGUCAUCCUUGACGAAAUAAAACAGCGUGUCGCUUCGGCGGAUUUCGUCUCGCUUGAGCUGGAUGAGACAUCCGAUGUAAACAAAAAGUCUCAGUUGUCUACUAUAUUUCGGUAUGUUGGUAGAGACGGUAUCCCAACGGAAAGUUUCAUUGGGUUUACAGACGUAAGCGCUGAUAGAACGGCUGAGGGGAUUUUUAAUCACGUUACCAAUAUCGUUGAGGAGUAUAACGCGGCGCUGAAGCUGAUUGCACAAACUUAUGAUGGUGCCUCUGUGAUGAGUGGUCACUUGAGCGGUUUACAAACUAGAGUGAAAGAGGCGUAUCCUAAAGCUCUAUUUACGCAUUGCUAUGCGCAUGUUUUGAACUUAGUUUUACAACAGUCCCUCUCAGAAAUAAUUCUAGAAUGUAGCUUAUUUUUUAAAACUUUAAGUGGAAUUCCUAAAUUCUUUUCCAAAUCUUCAAAGAGGUCAUUUGCCCUUCAGGAUUUCAUGAGCAGAAAACUUCCCUCAGUCGCACCUACUCGGUGGAAUUUCAUGUCAAGGCUUGUGAAUACUGUCCACGAGUUUCGCGCUGAGCUGUUAGAGUUUUUUGAGAGCAUCUUAGACGAUUCUGAUUCUUGGGACGCUAAAGCCAUCCUAAAGGCAAGAGGAUUCGUCCAGUUCCUAACCGAAUUCAGAACAGUGUUUUUACUAGAAGUUUUUGCAAACAUUUUUUCAUAUACCGAUGUGUUGUAUGAUAUACUUCAGACUGAUACUGUUGAUAUCGCUUACUGCCACCAAAAAGUGAGGGACACUGCCGAUUUUUUAAAACGUGAUAGAAAUGAGGGCUUUGAGAAAAUCUGGGCUGAAGCAAAAGCAAAACAUGGGGGGAUUGAGAAUCCUCGUCCUCUGAGAAAUAGGAGUGGUCUAUCCGCUGAAGAGGAAUGUCGUCGUUUAUACAGAGAAAUUCAUGAUACCAUCGUGGCACAAAUUGACGCCAGGUACGGCUCAGUGCUCAAAUUACAGUUUUGCCAUCUUUUAUCUCAUCAAAAGUUUGUCACUUAUAGGACUGACUUUCCAACUGACAAACUAGAUUCUUUGAAAGAUGCGUACGGUAACCUUUUUGAUUAUGUGAAAUUAAAGACGGAACUCACUGUUCUUUACAAAAGCGAUGAAUUUUUAGGAUUGCCACCUUACAAACUGAUCCAAUUUUUGAGAGAAAAUGAUUUAACAUUCGCUUUCAAAGAGGUAAAUAGAUUAGCUGCACUCCUCUGCACUAUACCUGCUACCACUGCAUCAGUGGAAAGAUCUUUUUCGGCGCUUAAACGGAUACAUACGUACUGCCGCUCAACCCAAACUCAAGGCCGAUUAUCAAGUCUCAGUGUAAUAGCAAUCGAGAAGGGAAUCCUUCAAGAACUGAGGGCGAAAGAAGAUUUCUAUGACACAGUUAUCCAAAAAUUUCUCGCCAAAACAAGGAGAAUUGAAUUGAAUUACAUGUAA